AAUUUCUUCUUUAUUUUUCAUUUCUGCUCAACGUUUCUUUCUUCUAAUUUUUUUUACGCGUAUUUUAUUAACUUUGGAUAAAAACCACUUUUGGUUUUUGUUGUGAAAUUCGUGUUCUAUUAUCGGGAAAUUCUAGAUGAAUUUGAGAAAUUAUCAUAAAAAGGAUGCCAUUAUUUUUUUUUUAAAUUGGGGGUUAUUUUAUUUCUAUUGGAACUCUAAAAUCUGGGUUGUAUAUAGGUUGUUAAAUUUCAGAUGAAUUUGGAAAAACUGUUCAAUUUUUCCUUUUUGGUUUUUUAUAAAUUCCCUUGAUUUUGUUGUAUUAUUUUUUAGGUUGUUAUAUUAGAACCCUAAUUUCUUGGUUGUGUAUAAGUUAUUGUUUCAGUUUUAGUAUUUGCCCUUUUUUUUCACAGGAUUCAUAGGAAUAGCUAAUUGGUGCACAUGCCAUGCCAAUCAUGGUUUUAUGCGUUUCCAAUUAUAUAAUUCGGUAUAAAAUUGAAUAAUGUUUUCGUUGCUUUUUUUUUUUUUUUUCCAUUAUUACUUAACUUAGUGGUCCUUGUUAGGUGAUUUUUGAACUCUGGAAAUCAUAGUCAGGUUAGAUUAGUUACUUUUAUUUUUUUAAUUGUUACUGUUUAUUUAUUUACUUACGUAUUUAACUUCUGGACCCGGUUGUUGUUGCUCACACUGGACUAUUGGUUGCCUCUGAUUUUCUAAUUUUUUCCUUUAUUGCUUUUGUAGGUUUUAAUUAUUUGGGCGGAACAUGUCCAAUCGCCGAGGGGUUGAGGCUGAAUAUAUGGCAGAUGAAUAUGAAAUGGAAGAUGUAGAUGAUAUGGAUGAUGAAUCUAAUAAUAGGGAAAGAGGUGGUGUAGAGUCUGACGUUGAUGAAUAUGAUUACUCGAGUGGUAAGGUGGUGGACACUACAGCUGCUCAGGCUAGAAGAGGACAAGACAUACAGGGAAUUCCUUGGGAUAGCCUUAGCAUCACUAGAGAAAGGUAUCGACAAACUAGGCUUGAGCAAUACAAGAAUUAUGAAAAUAUCCCCUUUUCAGGGGACAAGUCCGUGAAGAAUUGUAAAAAUACUACAAAGGGAUACUCAUUUUAUGACUUUAGAAAAAAUUCAAGAUCAGUAAAGUCAACUAUUCUUCAUUUUCAGUUGAGGAAUUUGGUAUGGGCAACAUCAAAGCAUGAUGUAUACCUUAUGUCCCAAUUUUCUAUAAUGCAUUGGUCAUCUUUGACUUGCACAAGGUCAGAAGUACUCAAUGUUUCAGGUCAUGUUGCACCAUCAGAGAGACAUCCUGGGAGUCUAUUGGAGGGAUUUACUCACACUCAAGUCAGUACGCUUGCAGUGAAAGACAAGCUUCUAGUUGCUGGAGGAUUUCAGGGUGAACUUAUUUGUAAGCACCUAGAUCGACCUGGUGUUAGCUUUUGCACAAGAACAACUUAUGAUGAUAACGCUAUCACCAAUGCCAUUGAGAUUUAUGCUUGUCCUAGUGGUGCAGUUCAUUUCACAGCCUCAAAUAAUGAUUGUGGAGUCAGAGACUUUGAUAUGGAGAAAUUUCAGUUUUCUAAGCAUUUUCGUUUUCCCUGGCCAGUGAAUCAUUCUUCUCUCAGUCCAAAUGGUAAACUACUCCUAAUUGUUGGAGACCAUCCUGAAGGUAUGUUGGUGGACUCCCAAAAUGGAAAGACAAUUAUGUCCUUGUCUGGGCACUUUGAUUAUUCAUUUGCAUCAUCAUGGCAUCCUGAUGGUGUCACCUUUGCUACUGGAAACCAAGACAAAACCUGCCGAAUUUGGGACAUGCGGAAUUUAUCCAAGUCAGUGGCUGUGCUGAAGGGCAACCUUGGAGCCAUCCGUUCAAUCAGAUAUACUUCAGAUGGCCGGUACAUGGCUGUGGCAGAGCCAGCAGAUUUUGUGCAUGUCUAUGAUGUGAAAAGUGGGUACGAGAAGGAGCAGGAAAUUGAUUUCUUUGGUGAGAUUUCAGGCAUAUCUUUCAGUCCAGAUACUGAGUCCCUUUUUGUUGGGGUCUGGGAUCGUACAUAUGGGAGCCUUCUUGAGUAUGGCCGGUGUCGAAAGUAUUCAUACCUUGAUUCACUGCUUUAAGUGAAUAUUCAAGGAGAAAUAAGUAACAUGGUAGCCGGUGCACUUGAACAGCCUGUUUUAAUAUCUGAUUGAGUUAGGUUGGUCUAUGUAUAAAUUGAGUAUUGUGCUAUUGUUCUCAGUUGUACUGUUAGGGCGUGUUUGUAUCAGUGUGUGGAAGGUGAGGGGAUGUACAGAAGGCUAGAAGGCGACGAUAGCGCAAUUGGGGUGGAAAGUUAGAAAUGUUGUAUGUGGUUGAUCUUGAGAUGCUUAGUAUCAGUAUGUAAUUUAGAAAACCUGUGCCUGGGGAAACUCAUUAUGGAGAGAUAAAUCAUGAUGUUCCUUGAUCUUUGUCGAUUGACUUG